AUGGUGCCAACAUUGCCCCGCCGGCGCCCGGCACGCCCGGGCCCCGGGUCUUUGCCGCUGGUGGCCCUGCUGCUGGCUGGCCUUUGCGCGCUGGCCGGCGCCACGCUGGAGCCCACCACCGAGCCGCUGGAUCUCGAGCCCUACCCCCUGGGCAAGGUGAGCGACAAGUGCGAUCAGCCUGGCGAGUCCAUGUGGAAGGGGGCCUGCUUCCCGGCACUGGACCGCUGCCUCAAGGCCGUGCACACCGGCACCGACAUCAUUUGCGAGGAGUACAGCGCCGCAUACCGCACCCUGACCUAUGGGGCCUUCCUGGAUGCCGAGCUUCCGGACAUGCAGGUGAGCAAGGAGAAUCUCGUCAGCGCCGGCAUCGACAUGUGCUGGAGCACCUACCCCGGGGAUUGGGGCCGGUGCGAGGCCUGCCGCGUGCAGAUGUCCCUCGGGGGGCAGUGCCGCUUCGUGGAGGGCGACCAUUAUGGCUGCCGGUAUUUGAACCGGCACAUUUCCGAGUCCUGUGCCGAGUGCGAGCCGGGCUACAUGCAGGAUGGCAUGCGGCGGUGCAUCACCAACUGCAUCGGGCCCCAUGGCACCAUUUGCGGAGACCACUGCAUCGAGACGCGCCACAUGCCGCUCGGGUUCAAUUGCUUCAAGUGGCCGCUGGCCAAUUACAAUGGCAGCUCGGACGCGGUGCCCGGCCGGCCGGAGAACCGGCACCUGCUCAAGUGCAGCGAGCCCGGGGCCUGCUUCAAGUGCAAUGAGGGCUGCGCCGAUUGCGUCGGCCCGCGGGCGUCCGACUGCCUGUCUUGCAGUGUCCCGACGGAGAAGCUGCUCGUGCACAACCGGAAGAUCUUCCUCCACCGGUAUGUGGACAUCGGGGCCUGUGUGCCGCGCUGCCCGACCACCACCGUGGAGAUCAUGGGCCACUGUGUGGCCUGCCCGCGGUGGUGCGCCAAGUGCUCGCCCGAGAACAACCGGCAAUGCUUGGAGUGCAUGCGGGGGCACCUGCUCCAGCCGAAUGGCACCUGCUACACCACCUGCCCGUUGGGCUUCGCGCGCAACUACCUGACCAGCAAGUGCGAGCCCUGCGCCGAGGGGUGCCUCCAUUGUGUCACCAACAAUCCGUCCAUCUGCCUGGCCUGCAGCGAUCCGCUGAAGCAGCUGUACGCCGGCCGGUGCGUGGAUGACUGCCCGGUGGGCACCUUCCCGACCGAGGACAUGGUGUGUCGGAUUUGCGACGCCCAAUGCACCCGGUGCAUUGAGGGCGGCGUGUGCACCGCCUGCCGGGCCGGCUUCGAGCCGCGGCAGGGGGUCUGCAAGCCCGCCUGCCGCAAGGGGUCCUACUUCUCCAAGGCCAAGGGGGCCUGUGACAAGUGUGCCCCGGAGUGCAAGGAAUGCGCCACGCUCUCGGACAAUUGCACCUCCUGCAAUCCGGGCUUCAUUCAUCUCCAGCCGAGCUCCUUCACUGAGAGCCACCGGUGUGUGACCGCCUGCCCGGCGGGCUACUUCCACGACCUGACCCACCGCCGGUGUGUGCCCUGCCUGUCGCCCAAUUGCCAGACCUGCAAUGAGGAGGGCCGGUGCAUUGACUGCCAGGCCGGCUUCAAUAUGAUGCCCCAGCGGGGCCAGUGCUUCCGCACCUGUCCCGAGGGCUACUACAAGCAGGAUGGCGUGUGUCAGCCCUGCGGGGGGAUGUGCGCCACCUGUGUCAACGGCCUGCCGGAUGGGUGUCUGUCGUGCAUUGCCAACAACGACAACAAGAUGCCGUAUGUCCGGCUGGUCGAGACACCGGGCGGCAAGGACCCGGGGCGGUGCACCUACACCUGCGGCUCCUUCGAGGGGUAUGGCUUCUACAUGCAGACGCGCAAGGCCCGCCUGUGCCGGAAGUGCCCGGCCAAUUGCCUUGAGUGCGAUGUGCCGAAUGCCCUGAACCCGGACCUCAGCACGCACUGGGUCCGGUGCAAGAAGUGCAAGGAGGGCUUCGGCUUCGCCCGCGACGGGGUCACUUGCGUGCCGCACGCGGUGGGCCUCAUGGCCAUCGAUGUGGACGGCGCGGCCGAGGCCGACGACGACCAGGACUUCGCCUGGCUCCAGCGGCGUGUUUCCCCUUCGAUCGCGGAGGCCAAGGAGGCGCCCGCCCCGGAGCCGGAGGAGGCUGCCGCUGCCUCCGCUUGA